AUGGCGGGACGAAUGGUGUUGUACAAGCUGGUGGUGCUGGGAGACGGCGGUGUGGGAAAGACGGCCCUCACAAUUCAACUGUGCUUGCAGCACUUCGUCGAGACGUACGACCCUACAAUCGAGGAUUCGUAUCGCAAACAGGUCGUCAUAGAUGGACAACCAUGCAUGCUCGAAGUACUCGACACUGCUGGGCAGGAAGAGUACACGGCGCUAAGGGACCAGUGGAUUCGUGAUGGCGAGGGAUUCGUCCUCGUCUACAGUAUCUCAUCUCGAUCGUCGUUCGGACGGAUUAAACGUUUCCAUCACCAGAUCCAGCGUGUCAAAGAGUCUGUAGCGUCGUCGCCCACCUACCCCGGCUCCCCAAUGGCCACGAGUAAUUCGAACCAACCCGUUCCAAUCAUGCUCGUGGGUAACAAGAGCGACCGAGUGACUGAGCGUGAAGUCUCAACUCAGGAAGGACACGCAUUAGCCCGAGAACUAGGUUGCGAAUUCGUCGAAGCAUCGGCGAAGAACUGCAUCAACGUUGAAAAGGCCUUUUAUGACGUGGUGAGAAUUCUACGUCGCCAACGCCAGAGCUCCUCGCCCCACGCAAGGACACCGCGUGGUGGUGAUCGAACCACCCGAGAUGAAAAGGACAGGAGAAAUGGCAAACCCAGCCGCAGCAGCCACGGCAACUCCAAGGGAGGCAAGGGCAUCAAAUGUGUGUUAUUAUGA